UACAUAGGCAGCUGCUACCUAGGCCGUUAGGUACAUCGUUGCUCGUUAGAAAAUACCCAAGGAAAUUACCGGCAGCGAAGCUAGUCAUCCUCAAUUUUCCUCCUCAGCUUUUCAACUCCUCAACUUCACUGACUUUCAUAUAACACCGCAAAUUUCAUAGCGCGCCUUUUUUCUUCUCUCGCACGCAAGAAACGUACCAAUCAUUGACUGUGCCAUAUUCUACUGCACAGUCAGAAACAUAAUCCCUGCUUAUUUUCUUCCGCUCUACUUUAUGCAACGAGGGCUUUCCGACAUCUCAAAUCAGAUUCAACCAGAUAACACUUCCCAGUCUUCUAAACCCCUCCGACAACAUGGCUUUCAGCAUCAUGACUCCAGUAGCGAAGCUUAUAGCUCCCUGCUGCAGCAGUCGUCCGGCGGUGGUGUGUCACCGCGAUCUGCGCGGGGAGUCGCUGGAGAAGGUGUCUACCCGGAUUCUCUCGAGGAGCGAUUGCGCCGAUUGAACGUUGCUCGUGGCGAGCCGAAUGCGACCCGAUCCGCGGCCCCAGGCCAACGUAUAUCAGAGUAUGAGAACGCAUUGACACCGGCUAUACCGAAACAACCUCUCGGGUUCAAAGUUAUUAAACGCGCGGAUGCGGGUUCUGACGGCGUUCAGCUUUUAGAUUUCCCUAAUGAGAUUUUAACGCACAUCUUAUCGCAUUUACAUCCCGACUCUCACGCGUCUGUAGCCUUGGUAUCGAAGCGAUUUUAUUCGCUAAUUACCACCCCUCAUGCCUGGCGCAUGGCAUUCCAGCGGUUCUUUCCUGGACAGGACGCGCUGGUUACGGCAGCGAAGCCUCAUGGUAGAGUUUGGCCUCAAGAUGAUUCGGAUUUCGUGCGAUCAGAAGUCCGUCAUUUCACCCGGCUCACGCUACACGCUUCUUGGCGCAGCGAGUACUUUCUAAGAACUCGACUUCUCCGCAGUCUUGUUAGGGGCAAGCCGGGGUCUAGCGCUGGAGGCAUCGGGUCUUCUGCGAGGACCAGCCAAUCUAGCAAGAAGGCAAGUGCGGUUUUAACCUAUAAUACCAAAGUCCCUACACCAAUAACCCAUAUUCACGCUACCUUUAAUACCGGCGGGAAGAAGGCGCCUAUGGUAGUUCACGGCGCAUCGGAAAUGGGGAUUGCUAGUGCUAGUGAUCCUACCUGCGGCAAGGUUGAGAAAUGGGGUCUAGAUGAGAUGAGCUUUGCUCAACUAGACGAGGUCGUACCGUUUCUUCUACCUUACGGGGUUGGUGAAGGUCCAGCAGCGGUUCCUAACGUCAUGGACGUCAGUCAGCCGUAUGGACUUGUCGCGGGAGAAGGCUUCCCCGGAGGUCGCGUCUUUUAUCGCUCAAGUAGCGAGUAUAGGGGCAAGUAUCUGGGCCAAGAAACAGGACUUAUUGAGGCGCAUCCCGACAUCCCCAAAAUCCCCGAGCUCUCUGAGAGUAUCUGCGCAGUUUGGAUUGCCAAAUCAUCGACUGUUCCCUCUAUGACCCAAUCGUUGGUAGGGAUCAUGACCGGCUCAUCCUUGGGUGUUGUAACUUCAUACGCGCUUGGUUACGAUUCCAACAGUCCACGAUAUUCUGCAGGUGAAAUGAGUGCCCGUUGGGUACUCUGCCCUGGCGUGCCUAUUGUCGCCCUCAAAGUUGAUGAUAGCUAUAGCCAGAAGCGUAAAGCUCUCGGUCGGGUCUGGGCAGUGGCGCUGAACGCGUUGGGCGAGAUAUACUAUCUAACUCAACCCCCGACUGCACCUACUAGCAAGACAAAGGCCGAUGAUACCGUCAAACUUGCAUGGCAUACAGGUCGCACAACCUCUUGGCAUUUGGUAGAGGCUAGCCGACGACAGGCGCGCAUGGACGAAUCGGGUAAAAACGCAGUUCGCGGGGCCUAUUCUCCAAAGUCGCCUUCGAAUAGUAUGGGUCUAACUAAAGACCAAAUGGCCGCUGAAGCCCGUGAGAUUGAACGGUUCCUCCGCUACAAGCCAGCGCAUUUCCGUAAGGUGUGCUAUGGUUGGGACAUGCGCCGAAAACUUGAGGUAGAUUUUGCCAAUGACGAUGGAAACGGCGCUGGUGAAAGUGUUUUCAUCUUCGAUUGCGCACUUGAGGAGGACCAGACUUCGUCUAUCAAGAGGUUCCAGCGAAUUACUAUGGGUCGAAGCCAGUCCAAUACUCAGUCAAUUCCCAGUCCAGAUACCGCCGCAGAGAUAGCUCCUGUUUCCUCGAUGUUCGGUGGUGGUAGUGCGAGAUCGCCUUCUCCGAAUUCGCCUAGCUCGCCGUUACCCAAGCAUGUGUUGUCAGCUUCGGGCAAGUCGUCUCCGCCAAGUAUGGCUGAUACCGGAAAAUCAGACCUCGAUGGUUGGUCUGAAACGUGCUUUUGCUCCAAGGAACUUAGUAAUUCACAGAUAACUGCGAGCGGCAUAGAUGCCUCGCAACUCGCCCUGGUCACUUCUUUUGAGGAUCCUUUGAAAGAUGCACCGGGGUUUUCUUCCAGUAGCCCAUCAAUACCAACCAGGCAAGCGCCAUCAGAUAUUCCCGGGAGACGGGCAAGACUGUUCGGUGUGGGUACGAAUAAAGGGAAGGUUAUACUAUGGAAUGCGCGAGAAGUUCAUACUGGCGAUGGUGUACAUCCCGUCAGAAUCAUUCAGACGGAAUCUCCUGAGGUGUCUUCUUUGGCUUUAUCAGCUCUUUAUCUGGUGCAUGGUGGCUCCGAUGGACUUGCCCAAGCCUGGGAUCCUCUAGCAUCUACGCUGGAGCCGCUUCGUACUAUCAAUUCCCGAUCCUCAGGCAGGAUGCCUCGUCAUGUACUUCUCACCAAUCCUGCGGCACAUACCGCAAAUUUCUCAGCUGUGGGGGCCAUCUACCUAGAUCCCGACCCAACAGCUUUACAUGGAAUAGUAGCGUUUGGAACCUUUGUGCGCUACUGGGCCUAUAGUUCUUCAAAUCAUGCGACGGGGCGCAAGCGUCGACAUCGUCAUUCUGAUAUUCACGGUCGUGUCACCGGUCGACGCCACGGCGGUGGCGUUGAGGGUUAUAUUGCUGCCGAAGCUGAAGAGCUACGAAACGAGCAAGAACACAAUGCACGGGAACAAGCUCGACUUCGCUCUCGCUUCGGCGUUGGUUUGGGGGACUUGACAGAAGAGGAAGCUUUGCGCUACGCCGAAAUGGUAUCUCAAGAGUCUUUCCUUCUCGACGAACAACGCCGGAUAAGCGCUAGUGACACGGGGUCCGCUGCGGAUUUCGAGACCACGUCGAGUUCUGGUAGCACCGUCACUCCCGACCCAAGUGUGACGGGACCAAGUCCUCUAGCAGCUAGUUCCAGCGCCAAUAAUGAUGCAGCGGACGAGAGCGACUACGAGCGCCAAAUCCAAGCCGCGAUUCGUCUGUCCCUUAUGGAAGACGUAAAUGACAUGGGGAGUUCGCCGAGAGCCAGUAGCUCUGGAGAGUACGGAGCCCAGAUUACGAUCAAGGAUAAGCGAAAUAAGAAAUCUUCGUCAAGCAGCUCGCCCCCGUCAAGCCACAUCCCCGUCGUUAAACAAGCCGAGUCUUCGAGCCUCGCCGUAACAAGCCCGCACUCGAUUGCUGACGAUGAUCUGGAGUUUGCGCUGCAGCUUAGUCUCGCGGAAGAGGAGAGCAGGAAGGCGAGUUUGGCUGCUCUGGAGAACGUGAACGAGGAGUUUCCUACGCUUGGGGGAACCGGUUUGGGCAAGGGGAAGGGGAAAGCUAUUUGAUUCCUCUGUCCACGCUCCGCUUCUCUUCCCCCAAUACAGGAGUAAUUUCGUUUCUGGUAUUAUAUUAGUUUUGUAUUUUUUCGAUUCGUUCUAUAUUUUUCUCCCCUUGACCCGCUGAGGGGGUUGAAUCAGUUGGCUUUGCAACACCUCAAAUUUCGUCCACGGUUAUUCAGAAACCGCCAGAUUAUGUGUCUCCUGGUGAACAUAUAUACGAUCUUCAUAUUGAAGCUAUAUUAUAUGCUCUGUAGUGUUUGCAGCGUGGUAGAGAUUAUUAUAUGACCCAACCUAUUCCUUAUCUUGCAUUUAAUUUAUUAUCUUCGCGGCGUAUGAUAAAUGGUGCUGUGAAGAGAUUCCAUGUCACACAAUUAUUAGUUACUUGUUAAGAACAAACAGCAUUUACUUAAGAGAAUGAAUGAUCUCUUAUUUUCUUUUUUCCUA